AUGGAAGACACCGUCCCCGCCGGUAAUAACAAUUCGGAAAACGCCACCAACGCCAUCAACAUCAAUACUUUCAGUUGUCCGAUUCAUUGCCCAGCGACCUUCAUACCCUCAUGGCAGCAAAUAAAGGUCGCAUUCGGCAUACUUUUUGUGCUUUCGGUUUCUGCCACUAUGAUGUUCAUGCUAGUCAUCACUUUUGCUCCCUCUAAUCUCAAGUUCCACAUAACUGAUGCUUCUCUCACAAAGUUCAACCUCACAGCCAACAACACUUUGGAUUACAAAUUAGAAGCCAACAUCACGUCAAGAAAUCCCAACAAGAACGUUGAAAUAUACUACAAGACGAUCACCGCAGUUGCACGGUACAAAGAUAAUGAGUUUGCUAGAGUGAAUCUGUCAUCUUUUGAUCAAGGCCACAAGAAUACUACUUUUCUGCAUGUAGUGUUUGAAGGGAAGGGUUUGAUCAAACUCAAACCUGAGCAACUUUUCGAGUAUAAUCAAGAGACGCGUGUAGGGAUCUACAAUGACUUGGCUGUUGAUUUGGAUUUUUUAGUCAGGUAUAAGUUUGUAACUCACACGAGUUAUUCCUACAAUCCGCCAAUGGUGAAAUGUCGUCGAUUGAGUCUUUCUCUGAUUUCUAAUGGUAACUCAUCAUCAAUACCUUCUUUUCAUGUUUCAAGAUGCAGAACUAGAUUUUUCUUUAUUAAUCGUUAA